GCCACCGCAAAUAGGAGCAGGACGCACAUCGAAGCUCGUCGAUCACGGGGCUUUGCAGCCGCCACCUGCGCCCUGUGGAAGCAAGGGCUGCUUCUCGUGGCCACCAUCUGCAGCGUCCGGCGCCUGGACCUUCGGCGAUUACACCCCUCGAAGCAGAAUGUAGGUCUGUUAACUUGAAGCCCCGUCGAGUGUUAUAACAAGCCAAGUUGGUGUGAUUGCCGCAUAUCUAACAGCGUGGCGGUUCGAGAUGGCGUCGAUGGCGACGGAGCUGCGCUCGAUCAAGGGCAAGCUGGAGAAGGCCUUGGCCGCGGAGCCCGAUCCGUUCAAGUGGACGAGCGAUGCGUAUGAAAAGGUGAGCACACUCCUUGAUGACGCGCUGGAGAACGACUUGGGCGACCCGCGUGACCGCAAUGGCGUUGGCGCGACAACGAUCGUUCAGGCCGCGCACAAUGCGUGCAUCGUGUACGAGCGCCACCAGAUCAAGCUGGUUCAGGCGCGCGCGCCGAGCCCCGACGUCGUGCGCCUCUGCAACGGCAAGCAAGUCAUUGGCGACGAGUGCUUGCGCAUUCUCAACGGCCUCAACGCGAUGAGUUCCCAGACGUUUACCGACGCCGUCGUGUGCCCCGAGCUCAAUGGCCCGAUCCUGGACAACCCGCGCAUUGACAUCAUGGCGCGCGACAUGCGCGCCCGCAUCAUCAAGAUUCGCAUGGCGUAUCGGCGGAUUGAUGGUCCAAGUCGGCUCGAGGAAGGGCUGCGUAUGACAGCGGAAGCGACGCGGGACUUUGCACUGCUCGAGGCCAAAGUCGGGAGCGAGGUCGAGUCGCGCCAGCGCGCCGAGGCCGACGCGCGCAACAACAUGGAUCGCACGUCCUCCGAGCGCAACUCGGCUGUCUUCAAUACAAUGCAAGCGCAGCGCAGCAGUCGCAAGAACGUAGCCAAUGCCACGGCCGCGCGCAAGCAAAUAGCACCGCGCGCGAGCUCGAGCAUUGAAUCGCUGGACCUUCAGCACCUCUUGGCGUCGCAACUCGAACAAACGACAACGUCUGCGGGCCUCACGGCACCCGUCUAUGGGAUUCCCGAAGAGGACCGAGGUCGCGAGAUGGAAGCAUUCGCGCAGUCGCUCUUCAUGGACGACGAAGCCGAUGCUAGUGGCAACCAGAUGCCAAUGGUAGCAGCGCCGAUGGAAGCGACGCCUGCGGGCAUCGAUGUCAAGAAGGAGCUGCCGUCCAAGCUCCGGGCCAAGCGCGAGGAGCGCGAGCGCGAUCGGCGCAACAAACUGUCGCGAAAAGCCGGCGAACCUGACGACGACGUAAGUGGCAACAAGCACGCCAAGAUGGUCGAUCUCACGGCGUCGUCGAGCAAGGCCAAAGACAAGAUUUUACAUGGCCGGCGGUCCAAGCACUACAAACUCAAAAACGAAGCCGACAAGCGCCGCCUCGACGAGGUGAGUCGAGCGCGGGCCGACGUUGAAGAAGGCGACGACGACACGGACGAUGAAAAAGUGCGGCGGGCCGAAGCGCGCAAGUUUCUCAUGAAGUACGACGGCGACAUUUGGAGUGCGACCAAAACGGGCAAACUGGACGUGCUCCAAAAGUACUUUCUCAUCGAGUCACCGGCCAAACUGCUCGUGCUGCACAACCGCGACGUCGACGAAGGCCGGCGGACGCUGUUGCACACGGCUUGCUGGUCGGGCCAUGUGUCUGUGGUCGAGUACCUCUUGCGAAUGGGCGCCGACGUCGACGCGGUCGACAGCGUGCUCAGCAAAACGACGCCGCUCAUCGAGGCAGCGCGCGCCGGGCGACUCGACGUCGUCAAGCUUCUUUUGAGCGAGGGCGCUUGCGUGAGCCACCAAGACUUUCACGGCGACACGCCGCUGCACUGGGCGGCCCGUCGUGGCUGGAACAGUUUGGUCAUGCACAUGGUGCGCUUCACAGAGCAAUCGACGCCCGGUAGUGUCCAGCGCCUUCUUUCGAUCGAGAAUUACCACGGCUACAUCUGCGUCGAAGUCGCGCCAACGUCGUACUUGUCGGACAUCAUUCGCAAAGAGUUUGCAUUCGUCAUGGCUGCGUCCCGGGACCAGCGGCGCGCGACGCGGCAGCAUGGCCUCACGCGCAUGCGACGCGCGUCCAUGCAUAUUGUGGCGCCCAAGAGUCUGCACCCGUCCGCGUCGAUGCACGACGUGGCGUUCGAGAACGUCAUUGACGUCAAGGCCCAAGUGCUCCACGACCUCGCCCAACUCGGUCUCAACCUCAACGCGUACUCGUACUCGCGGGCGUAAUUGAGAGCUCUUGAAACCACGCCA